AGGAACUGCAUACUUCUCUUCCUCUUGUAUUGGAUAUACAUUCACUGACCUGUCCAUAAAGGAAUCAGGAAGAGGAGAUGGACACUGAUGUGGCUGGACAGGGAACUACUAAAGUCCGUCUUUCUAAAUCCCUCUCAAAGGGUGAAAAAGCAGCUACCGCUUCUAGAAAGGAAAAGAUAAAGGAGGCCCUUGCGGAACUUAUAAUUCCAUAUGAUUCGGACACAGUCCCCAAUAUUGCUGUCUUGGGAUCAGGAGGCGGUUUGCGGGCCACAAUUGCUCUUUGUGGGACAUUGGUGGAAUUGAACGACCAAAAUCUUUUAGACUGUGUUAUGUACCUGAGUGGUGUUUCAGGUUCUGCCUGGUGUAUGUCGUCUUUAUACAAAACUGAGGACUGGGCAGAAAGAUUAAAGGAAUUGGAAAAACAUCUGCAGGAAAAACUUACACAAAACCAGUUUGAUUUUGAGGCAGCAACAACAGCUUUGCUUAACGCUGCAAGUGAUGAGAAUUACUCUUUGACUGAUUUCUGGGCUUAUUUUGUUGUGCACCCAAUGCUAAAUCAGUUGGAUGAGACCACACUGUCUGAACACAGGGGAGCUUCUGAGAGUGGGAAAAAUCCUUAUCCUGUUUAUGCAGCUGUGAAUGACAACACAUAUGUGGAAGACCUUGCAGGCACCUGGUUUGAAUUUACCCCACACGAAGUUGGAAUUCCUGACCUUGGUGUAUAUGUAGACACCAAAUACUUUGGAAGUGCAUUUGAAAAUGGGCAAAUGGUUGAAGAGAAGGAGGAGAAAAAUAUCUGCUAUCUGCAGGGUUUAUGGGGAAGUGCCUUUGGCAGCAAGCAGAACAUAGCCAAGAUAAUGCAUGGUAGUUUUCAUCGUUUCCAUAAGUUAUACAAAGCUUUAUUAAAGACCACUGCAUACCUGAAUGAAUGGAGAUGGGGAACCACCAAUAACUUACUGUACAAGUGCUGCGAUGAUGAAGUCUAUAACUUCUCGAGUGAAAAGACACUAUCUCUGAUUGAUGCUGGUGUGGCCAUAAACAUUGCUUACCCACUCAUUUUGCACCCUGGGAGGAAUGUGAAGCUGUUCCUUUCUUUUGACUUUAGCUCUGGGGAUCCUUUUGAGACCAUUGAAAAAACAGCAGACCACUGUGAAAAACAUGGAAUCAAAUUUCCUAAGAUAGGUGGAAUAAAAUCAGAGGACAGAAAGAAGCCAUCAUGCUGCUACAUCUUCAAAGGAGAAGAUGCUCCAACCAUCAUGCAUUUCCCACUAUUUAACAAAGAAAACUGCGGAGAUAAAGUUGCAGAAUACAGACUGCAGUUUGACACCUCCAGGUUGAAAUAUUCCAAUGAAGAGAUUGAAAAGCUUCUCAUUGCAGCAAAGAAGAACGUAGUGAAUGCUCGGCAAAAGAUGUGGGAGGAGGUUAAACGUGCUGUGGCUCCUUCUUCCGAACCUAUUUAA